AUUUUGCAUCAUACCGAUUUGGACUUACAACUGCCUUCUUGGGUGUGUAAUCUAGAGAUCCUCCUCUCCAAAAGGCCUGAACGAAAAGUUAGCUUUGGCCCAGGAGCGGACUAAAUGGAGCACGUGCUGGGAACCCGUGGACUUCCCUGCCCGGCAGUCAGCUGGAAGCUCCUCCCGCCGGGGAAAGCAGCACCGGCCUCGGCCCCCCGGGGGCGCUGACGGGCCCCAGGAGCAGCCCAGCUCCAACCGGCCGCCCGCCACGCUUGCCCGCUUGCUCCGCACUUGCUCGCGGGAGCUUCCCUUGAGUGGCGGUGUCCCGCCGCGGCCAGCUCACCCGGAGUCUCCCCUGCGCCCGCAGCUCCACUCGGGUCCCACCACACCACACACGGCCCGGCCCGACGGCGACAUGGGCGUCCCCGGGGUCGCCGCCGCCUGCGCCCGGCGCUGGGGACCCGUGUUUGUAGCUGUCUUCCUGGCUGCGUCCCGAGGUCUGGUGGCCGCUUUCAAAGUUGCUACACCCUACUCCCUGUACGUGUGUCCUGAGGGGUACAACGUCACUCUCACCUGUAGGCUCUUGGGCCCCCUGACCAGGGGGCAUGAUGUGACCUUCUACAAGACGUGGUACCGCAGCUCUCGGGGUGAGGUGCAGUCGUGCUCUGAGCGCCAGCCCAUCCGCAACAUCACGUUCCAGAACCUUCACCUGCACCACACAAGCCACCAGUCUGCUAACUCCAGCCAGAACCUGGCCCAGAGUCACGGGCUGGAGCUGGCUACCGAUCACCAUGGCAACUUCUCUAUCACCAUGCGCAACCUGACCCUGUGGGAUGGUGGCCUUUACUGCUGCCUUGUGGUAGAGCUACGGGGCCGCCACUCGGAGCACAGGGUCCACGGGGCCAUGGAACUGCAGGUGCAGAGAGGCAAAGACGCACCAUCCAAAUGCAUCACCUACCCAUCCUCACCCCAGGAGAGUGAAAACAUCACGGCUGCGGCCCUGGCCACAGGCGCUUGCAUCGUGGGGAUUCUCUGUCUCCCGCUCAUCCUGCUCCUGGUCUACAAGCAAAGGCAGGCAGCCUCCAACCACCGUGCCCAGGAGUUGGUGCGGAUGGACAGCAGCAGCCAAGUUCAAGGAAUCGAAAACCCAGGCUUUGAGGUCUCUCCACCCUCCCAGGGGAUGCCUGAAGGCAAGACCAGAUCCCCACUGUAUUAUGUAGCCCAGCGACAACCUUCUGAGUCCGGCAGGCACCUGCUCUCAGAGCCCAGCACACCUCUGUCCCCUCCAGGUCCUGGGGAUGUCUUCUUCCCAUCCCUGGAUCCUGUUCCUGAUUCCCCAAACGCUGAGGUCAUCUAAAGCACCUGGGGGGGACAGUGGGCAGCUGUGGGCACAUCUGGAGCAGGUACACUGGGAGCCAGACUACCCCUGCUGUGACAUCCGUUUGCUUCCUGUGGCUCUGAGCCCAGACCUUUGCUCCCUCUGGAUGCUGCAGGGCAAGAAAGGAGAAGCUGGAUUCCUCAGUCUCCUUCAGAAGAUGUUGGGGUGCUGGGGUCCCCCUAAGAGACUUAAAAUUUAGCAGCUACAGAUGCCAAAUGGCCUACAUCCUAACAAGUCCUGGAACAUCCAGCUGUGCAGCAGCUGGUCUCUGGGACAUGAGCCAAAGGGCCUGGCAGCACACACAGAAAACACAUGGAGGGACUCCUGCCACCUGUGCCAGAUACAACCCUGCUCCACUUCACCUAAGGCUGUUGCAUUCCCUCCAUGUAUGCUAGUGGGUCUCAGAGCCUGGGUAAGCCUGGGCUUGGGCGAUUGGAGCUUGCUCUGUGCUUCUGAGCAGCCAUCUCUCUGAGGGUCUGUAAGUUGGUAAGCCUGGGGCUCUGCUGCUUGCAUUCUGUCCCCCAGAGGCUCCCAAACAGCAAGUACAUACUUGGGGCAAACUGGAAUCCUGAGUCAUGCAAGACCAGGCCAGAGAUCAAACCAGCCAGCACCUGUAGCUGGGCAGUCAGCUGGGAAGGUGUGCGUUAGGGGCCCCUCUCUCUUGCUCUCGCCAUUCGGGCUGCCUGCUGCUCAUCAUGACAGUGGCCAGGCCCACCACACGAUGUCUGGAUGCUCCCAAGAGUGAAAGGGGAAGGGGGUACCAUUAAAACCACAUGGAAGGCAGAUGCUGUGGAUGUAUUGUGUCCAAUAUAAGGUUCCUGCUUCUGAAGCACCUGAGGCUGAGGGGGACCUCCGCCCCACCUCUUGUAGAAGAAUUUGCUUCUGUUCCUGCUUCCAGGCUGACCUGCAUUUGUUGUGAUGAGUGUGUCCCAGGGCAUCCUGUACCUAGAGCACAGAGACAGGAAGGGGUGUAUCGUGCCUGAGAGUGAGCAGGGGUAUGGCUGUGCUGCACAGAGCUGUUCACAGGGGACAAGACCAUAGCUCUGACUUGGGUAUUCACCUUCUAGCAGCCCACAGUGCUGAGCUGAGCCUGGGGGACCAGGAAACCAGGACAUGGGGUGAGACAAGGAACCCAGCAGGCAGGGCAAGAUCCACUCCAUCCCCUGGAGAACAGCUCUGGGCUGCCUGGCAGCAGUGAGUAUAUAUAAACCACAGCGGGAGCCAUCUGGACCACAUCUGGCCCUGCACCCAAGCUCCCAUGCCAGGUUCAACGACUCUGUCCCUGUGGGCUUCCUGCUGGGCUUGUUGGAGCGUAGGGCCUGGCCCCUGCUGUGUUCCCUCCCUACACCACACCAGCUGCCCUAGAAACAGGGUUUCAUCCUCACAGCUCACAGAGCCCCCAGCACAGGAGUGUGUGUACAGGGGUGUGACACCUGCUCUGGGUUGCUGGUCACAGAUCUGACUGCCUUCCCUCUGGCUUAGCCAAGACACACCCUCCCCACCACUGCCCAUUGCUGUGGUGGCCUCAGCUUCCGGCCUCAGGUCUCGAGGCUGAGAUGACUUCUAAGAACAUCACCUGCUAGAAUCCAGGCCGGGGAGACAGGGAGGAGGCCCCCUGGGGCACAGCCACCCUACUUCCUCCCCACACUCUCCUGUCCUCCGGACCCUCCCAAGUGAAUGUACCUCAGCUUCGUGGUUUCCUGUUUUUACGACUUUACUCUGAGCUCCAGGCUCUGUUCCGUCCCUGGCCAUAGACACUGACUGCAGUGGCUCUGGGCCCCACUGCUAUUCCUCCUCCUCCUGCUGCCCCCUGCACAGGGGCAGGAGGCAGGGCACUGAGGGCUGGGUGCCUGAGAGAGAGCCGGGGUGGGAGGCACCUGCAGGACUGCAUGCCUGGCACUGGUUGAAGUCCAGGGACAGAAGCUGAGCCUCAGAGAACAUAUUCACUAUCAGACACUUGCCAGGAAGGAGUGUUCUUCCCCAACCCCUGUGCUCUCUGCCUCCUCCAGCUUAGGAAAGCCGUCCAGUGAGAGGCAGGGUGGCCACCCCUGAGGCACUUAGAGGUACUGAGAGGAUGGGCUUGCACCUCUUGGUCAGGCUGGCCCUACUUCAGACAGGGUUUGCGAGAAACUCAGGGCCUGCCCUUGUACCUGCCAAGCCAGCGUUCCCCACCACCUGGGCAUGGGCACUAAAGCCUGACCUUUCAGGGAAGGGGCCUUUCCCCAUUCCCUGCCCCUAGGCUGUCCAGGGGGUCCCUGGAAGAGCACCAAAGGGUUUCCCAGCUGUGCAGGAAACAACCAAAGGCAAAAGAGGAAGAGCCGCUAAGGUGUAGGUGCAGAGGUCUCCUGAAAAACUGACACAGCCCGAUUGAGCAGCUGUGCUGGGUACAGAGGGCACUGCCCACCAGGCCUACUCCUUGGUUAGCAUAGUUCGUUCCUCUCCCUUGUGGACAUGCUGUCUCCCUGACUGUUUUUGGUGGGCAGAGUCCUUGGACCUGGCUGCAUCAGGGCUCCUGGGAGAUGUGCUGGUCCCCUGGACCACGUGAGCCGGGCAGGGCCCCCUCUUGUCCCCAGUUGCAACCCUGGGCCAAGCUUAUACAGGCCAGAGCACAGGUUCUUUUGGCUUUGACAUUCUAAUUGGUUGGUAUCACCUUUUGGAAGAGAAGUUGAGAGGAUACUCCAAACUGUCGAUAAAAACUUACUGAGGCACGCCAAGAUCAGCUAGCAAUGUCUGCCUUGGGAGGGGGAAGGGAAGUGGUGUGCGUGUGCGUGUAUGUGUGUUGUAUCUUUAUCUUUACUGUUAAAAUGGCCUUUGCUGUUGAAACAUUUUCAUGUGUGCUGCCCUUUGUUUUGAGUCAUCAAGUCAUGGAAGACUUUGUUGUCCUGCAUUCAGAAAACUGAGUUUCUGAAAGGUUUGUUCUUUAGCAAAACAACCAUUUGGCAAAAACAGAAUCCAAUGCCUGGGUCUCCUGCUUCACCAAGUCUGCACUGCUGCUUGUCACAGAACUGAAUGAUGGCAUCAGCCAGGGUUGGCCUUCACAUUGGACUUGACCACAAAUACCUGUCAGAGCACACAUGACGGGGAAGGCCUGGGAAAUAAACCUGUGCCUACAUGCCCAUAGCUCCACCUGGAUCCUGCCCAGACCUUCUUUUGGGUCCAGAGUCCCUGCUGCUGCUGCUGAUAUGGGGGCCCCAGAACCUGUGGUGGACACAGUGACUGGUCUGUGUGUUCCACCCUUGGCCUAUGUUAGGACAGGGAAGGCAGACACACUCAGCCAAUGCUGAGCCCAAGGGGCUCUUAGAGGAGCCAAGCUGGUGGCCUGUGUGAUAUCUCAGAAGCUGCAAAACAUCCCUCCAGAAGCAGGGCCCAGAGAAGGGUCCAGAUGAACUCAUGUUGGGCCAAAGAGGGCGGGCCUCGAGUGGAUAGCUCAAGGAGCGAGCCAGGCUGGGGCUUCUCGAGCCUCGCCAGGGGAAGCAGGCUGUGCUAAAACGCACACCCAAAGAGACCUUUGCCCUACAGCCAGAAGGCAA